UUGUUGGGUUGUGGAUUGACGUUGAGAGUCUAUCAGCAUGAAGUCCGCACGGCUGUUAUCAGUGGUGGGGCUACGGGCGCUCGGUCGGCUGUGAACUCUUGAGUCGGAGUCCCGUGAUUUAGAAUAUAAGUAAUUCACGCGCUCUUUUUCUCUUCUCGUCAAAGAAUCGAGAAAUUGUCACCUUAGAUUUAAAGUCAUCUGGGUCGUUGACGGUCCUUCACCAUGAUCCACUUAUAAGAGCCCUGCCAUCUUGAAAACUUCCUCUGUGCAUCUGAAGACCACUUACCGCUAUCCAUAAACAGCAUUAUGGCAACCACUUUGAAUAUCCACCAAGUCCUCCCCAAGGACCAGGCACUUCUUAAAGUACCAAUAAAGAGGUUGAUGAGAUGCAAUGGUGUAGACGGCACACCCAUGAAGAAACGUGUGAUGGCUGCUCUCAAUCUGUCCUGCAAAAAAAUCCCAGAAACCUCUCUUGGCUCCAGCGUUGCUUGUGGGGAUCAGGUGUCCAAGGCAACAAACGCGGUGGAGUCCAAUCCAGAUCUCAGCCCUGGUUUGAAACACACCCUAGCGCAGUUCUCUCUGAGCAGCCAGUGUUCUCUUGGUGGCCCAGCUGCAUUCUCUGAUCAUCAUGGUCAGCAUAAGCUGGCGCCCCCUCUGGCUCAGGGAGGUGUGGUGGGGGGGCCCCUACUAGUUCCUCCUGACAGCUCCACAGAUCUUGGCCUCUGCAGUCUGGAGGGCGAAUCCAUCUCUUGUUUCUCUGUGGGAGGUGAACUGCGUCUCUGUCUGCCCCAAAUGCUAAACACAGUUCUGCGGGAGUUCUCCUUGCAACAGAUCAACUCAGUGUGUGACCAGUUGUAUUUGUACUGUUCCCGUUGUGAUGCCACACAGUUGCAUGUCCUCAAAAUGCUGGGUGUCCUUCCUCCAGGGACUCCAUCCUGUGGCCUUAUCACAUUGACCGAUGCUCAGCGCCUUUGCAACACAUUGCUCCAUCCAGGUGAGGAUCUCUCUCAUGAGUCACACAAAUUCUAUGUUGUUGGAGAUGAGAAAGACAAAGAUUCUGAGGAAUCAGGAGGAUUUUGGGUGGAACACCAAUGUCUGGGGAAGUGUCAAGGCCUGUUUGUGCCCCAGCUUUACACCAGCCAGGAUGCACCCUGUAUCCAUUGCUCCCAGUGCCGAAAGCUCUUCUGCCCCGAGCGGUUUGUCAUGCACUCCCACCGACAGCCAGACAAACGCACAUGCCACUGGGGCUUUGACUCAGCCAAGUGGGCCUGCUAUCUACAGCUAGCACACAGACACUUGGGAACAGCGGAUGUAGAGAAGCUGCAGAAGACUCUGGAGGAUAUGAAGGGGAAAUACCAGCAGGAGAAGCAGCAUCCACAUCAGGGAGUAUCUUCACCUGCUUUUGUGUUCGACUCACAUUUGAUUGCCAGUCUGAAAGAGGACCCCAAUCAUGACUUGAUGUGGCAAAGUUGUUACCAGUACAUGCCAGACAGGCUGGCAGGUAACAACUUGGCACAACACCCUUGGUGUGUGCCUGAAAAGGAAAUGGGUUCUCCAAGAAUAGAGACGCUGGGCGGUUCAGCCAAACAUGGAGACUCUCAGGGUGACAAGAGACAAGAUGUAGACAACUCUGACACAAAGAUGCACCCAUUUUCAGGGCAGAAAAAAACAAGUCACACAAAUGGCCAAUCUGAGGAUGGCAGUCCAGAUGAAUGGCAGAAGUUAUAUAUGCCAGAUUGUAAGCGGCCUGUUGGUAUUAAUGCAGAGCACAGUCAGGACGGCAUGGUGAUGGAACUCCUUCAGAUGUACAGUGCUCAACAUGAGAAACUUCUCUCGACGCUACUCAGACAGAAACAGCUUGAAAAGGAGCUGGAGGCUCUGUGUCCAGGUGAAGCCAUAGAAAACCGUGACCUGCAUGGAGAACUGGAGGCUGUGCAGACUGAGCAUGCUCAGAGGCUGGGCGAGGUCCAACAGGAACAGAGAAAGCUGAAGUCUCGACUCGACCAGCUGAGGCAGCAAGGCUGCAGAUGCUAUGAGCUGGGUACAGAGCAACACCAAGAAACCAUCUAUGCCAAACAGUUAUCAGAACUGCGUCAAAGGCUGGAUCGUGCUGAGGAAGACCGUGAGGAGCUGCAGGAGGAGCUACGCAGGGAAAGGGAGGCCAGAGAAAGGCUGGAGCGUACCAUCUCUGAGCUUAAACAACAGAUGAGGGAGUCUGUCCCCCCUGCUUUAGUUGACAGCCUCAGCCUCUAGUGACACACUUAUGUCAUUGAUGCCUUAAGAGUGAUCUACAGAUCAAAUCUCCAAUGUGCAACCUGAAUUCUAUUGACCUGUGGUCAAUAUUUUUUGGAAUGGUGUCUCGGAUGCCAAGUCAUUUUUAUUGCAGUUCUAUGGAAAAAUUAAGGAUCGUCAUAAGUUCAGAGGUUCUAUUAUGUGAACUUGUUGAAAAAUAGUAACUAUUGGGUUGAAUAAAUUUUUUUGAGACAUGAAUAUGGAUCGUUGGAAUUUUUAAACUAAUUUAGUGGACAUUACCAGUGGUGCAAACCACUAACCUGCAAGCAUACAAUCAACACUAUUUUGGUUUAUCAGUGAGAGCAUUAACAACUGAUAGCGAAAUCAAAAAAAAUUCUGAAAAAAUUUCUUAUUCCAUCACAACUCAUAUAUUGUUUUUUUUAAUGUAUUCAUCAUUUAUGGUUAAAUGUUAUGUGAAUAGUAUUGUCAAAUUAUACAUAUUUAACAUUCUUUUUGUCAUAUACAUUUAUGUUUUCUGUAGUCUAUGCUCAGUAUGAAUGUACAAUAUAUAGCAUGUGAUGAAUAUGUUAAAAAAUAUGGAUAUAUACAGUAUAUACUGUUUACACUGUGGUAUGAAUUUAAGUUCAAAUUCUGUAUAUAACAGAAAAUGUUUUCUAAGCCAUUUCCAGUGAAUGUUACCUCUUUAAUAACCACCAAAAAUUUUCUCUCUCAUUUUUUAAGAAUUUGAGAACACACAAAAAAUCUUUAAACUUGAAAAAGUUUAAACGUUAAAAGUGAUAUACUUGUUGGCACAUCAUUUGCAGCUUAAGAAUAGGAAAUGUUCUUAUCCCUGUACUUUAGAUUCUAUAAAUGUCUAGACAAACAAGGUCUACGUGUACUUUGCUCUGAGAGAUAUGGUAUUCCCACGCAUGUGGGGAAAGUAAAUGAUUCAUUGAUAUUGUUUGCUGUAACUGACAAUCAAUGUCUAUCUGUAAUUUAUUUCAUAUAUAAUUCUUAACAGUUAAACCGAAUUAAAUAUUUGCUACCUCAGAUGAAUUCAUACAAAUAUAUACAUACAAACACAUAAUAUAAGUUGUGUAUUCGCAAGUUGAUUAUUGUGUAUAGGUGUGGAUUGAUGGAGUAGUCAGAUGAUAAAUAUCUCUGCUGCUGCUAUGACGUUUCAUCGAAUGGGUUUCAUUCUUCUUUUAUUUCUUUUUCCAGAUGACCUUACGAUGCAUGUGAGAUU